GUUAGAAAAACUAUAAUGAAGGUCGACCCUGCUGUUCUGAAGCUCCUGCAGCUUGAUGGGGAUGCUACGUUUGUGUCCUCUGCUGGGGGAGGAGGUUGCAGCUCUGCCUCUACCUCAAGGAUAGUUUCCAAGCUCAAUAACGGCUCCGAGAACACGUUCUUCAUGAAGACAGGUAGUGGAAACGCUGCGAAAGUUAUGUUUGAAGGCGAGCACGCAUCGCUCAAUGCUAUCAAUACCAUCGUCCCAUCAUUGUGCCCACGGUCCUACGGCUAUGGCAAUUUCGAGUCAGACCCAAACACUUCGUUUCUGAUAACGGACUUUCUGCACCUCACCAGUCGUUCAUCUUCCCGGAGCAAUGCACCAUCGCUGGCACAAAAGCUGGCCAAGUUACACACAACGUCCGCGCCGACACCAGAUGGCUACGAUAGACCCAUGUUCGGCUUCCCUUAUACGACUUGCUGUGGUGACACACCUCAAGAUAAUUCGUACAAGGAAAGCUGGGCUGACUUCUAUGCCGAGAACCGACUACGGUCCAUCUUGCGAGGAGGCGAGAAGGCUCAAGGGCCGGACAAUGAGUUUCACAACCUCGUUGAAGCGACUGCAUCACAAGUCGUGCCGCAAUUGAUUGGCGACGAUCACCUCAAUAACGGAAAGCGUGUUACGCCUGUUGUCGUCCACGGCGAUCUUUGGAGCGGCAACGCGAGCACCGGCGUUAUUGGCAGCAAGGAAGGCGAGCUAGAGGAUUUAGUCUUCGACUCAUCUGCAUGCUAUGCGCACAGUGAGUUCGAACUUGGAAUUAUGAAGAUGUUUGGUGGGUUUGGCAGAAGCUUCCUGGAAGAAUACCAUGAGCUUUGCCCAAAGACUGAGCCAGUCGAGGAGUACGAGGACAGAGUAAAGCUUUAUGAGCUCUAUCACCACCUGAAUCACUGGGCCAUGUUUGGUGGUGGCUACAAAAGUGGCGCGGCGAGCAUUAUGCGGUCGCUAGUCAAGAGGUACGGAGAAAAGGGCUAAUGCAUGAUCUAACUGCUUCAAGCGUGUCGCAUUGAUCCGUUAAGGUAUGGUCAUGAACUUAUGGAUCCCUGAUCCUGCAGGUCUUUUCUCCAUGCGUUAUUGCCUUCCUCUUCAUUCAAUUUUCGCAUCGAUGUUGAGCCUAAGAAAGACCAGCAGCCUGGAUCGCGAAGGAAGCAGCGGAGUCAGCGACACUGCCAUAGCUGAUAUGGCUGCCAGUGGCCCCACCAUCACCGCCACCACCGCAGAUGAAGUC